AUGCCCCUCGGGAAGACCACCUUCGGGAGUGUGGAGGAGUCAUCAGGGACGACAAUUGUGAUGAGUAGUGAGGACCUGGCGUGGUUCAUGUCGGUGUACGCGCUGGGUAUGCUGCUGGGGGGUCUGCUCAGCGGUGCCCUCAUGAACGCCGUGGGCAGACGCGGCGCCCUCCUGGUCUCUGCCCUGCCUUCCUUGCUGGGCUGGCUUAUGACAGGCAGUUUCUAUGAGCUGGCUUUGGCCCUGGGCAUCCUGCUUGUGAUGCUGGGAGGCGCGUUCACCUCAUGGCAGCAAUUGGCCCUGAUCUGCACCAGCCCGACCCUGACCUACGCCACCCUCAUCUUCUUCUGCAAGGAGUCCCCAGCCUACCUCCUCAUGAAGGGCCAGGAGUCUGAGGCUCGGGCGGCGAUGCAAUACUACAGAGGUGCCGAUUACUGCAUUGACAAAGAAAUGAAUGACAUUAAAGAGUCACAGGAGGAGGCUAAAAAGGCAAAAUUCAAGCUGUCUGACCUGAAGAAGACUCACAUCCAUCGACCCAUCAUCAUCACCCUCACCAUCGGCAUCUUCUCGCAGCUCAGCGGCAUACAAGUCCUCACCUCCAACCUCAACUCCAUCUUCAAGGUAGUGCUCAAAAAUUGA